AUGGUGUCCGGCGCGAUAGAAGCAGCACCAGGCUCGGCCACGACCGACUGGGUGACCUUCGACGGCACCGGGGUGCCUGCGAAGUUCAUGUUCCACGUCGUCUUCUUCCCGGUGCUAAUGUUUGCAUUCCUGACCGUGCCUGGAAUCAUCUGCUGGUUCGCCCUGGGAUGCGGGCGCCGGGGCAGGAUCGCUCAGUAUCAGCCGCCGUAUCCUGCAAGGUUUGGGGCUUAA